UCAGCUGCAGGAGGCUGCAGCUCCAUCACUUCAGGAUCUUCACUGGCACCGGUUACCAGUUAUAAUCUGCCCACUUCCCAGUCAACCCAUUUUACUCUGAGCUGGGAUCUCUUUAUUUGUUUGCAUGGAUGAUAACAGCUUACCGCAUAUUCAUGGAUUUCUCAUACCACAACUAAUUUGACUCAAACCCGGGAUUGGUGAAAACAAAAAAACAAACAAAAAAGGGGGUACUCCAGCGAUUGUUUUUAGGUUUGUGGAAACUGCAGUUCAGCCUGUGUUGGACAUGGAACCGUGCGUCAGCCGAGAGGGCUCCGGUGUCGGGGGAAGAACAUCUUCCUGAAGGAGGAAAAGCCCGUGUGCGGGAGUUUUUUUCAUUUUUGUUUUUUGUUACCAGGGGAGGGGGAGCUGUGGGCUUUACGCGCCGAAAUGAUGCGUCCCAACCGCGGCUUCAUCCUGCUCCUCCUCAACGGAACCGCUUGUUUGGUGGCCCUGGGUCAAGAAGAUGACUCCUCCAGCCCCAAGAGCUCUUCAGACGACUCCUCCAAGACUGUGGGCCUCCUGAACGGGCAGGCUCCCCUUUCGCCCCUGAGCCGCUGGAUGCUUCACAGUAAGAGCAGAGCUGCUAACACCACCUCUCUGGAGCUGCCCUACCGCUCCCCAGUCCCUUUCUCCAAGCAGGAGUUUUCUAAGCAGGAGUUCUGGGAGAUGUUAGGCAGCGACCUGCUCAAACCCGACGCCUCCAGCUCCAGGGUCAAACGGCGGCCCAUCGUUAAGACCGGCAAGUUCAAGAAGAUGUUUGGCUGGGGAGACUUCUAUUCCAAUAUCAAGACGGUGAGGCUUAACCUGCUGAUCACCGGCAAGAUUGUGGACCAUGGUAACGGCACGUUCAGCGUCUACUUCCGCCACAACUCCACGGGCCAGGGCAACAUCUCAGUCAGCCUGGUGCCACCUGUCAAGGCGGUGGAGUUUGACCUGGAGCGCCAGAGCGUGGUCUACCCCAAAGACUCAAAGAUCUUCAACUGCCGUGUGGACUAUGAGAAGGUGGAUCGCAGCAAGCGCACCUCACUGUGCAACUACGACCCAUCCAAGACCUGCUUCCAGGAGCAGAUUCAGAGCCACGUGUCCUGGAUUUGCUCCAAGCCUUUCAAGGUGAUCUGUAUCUACAUUUCCUUCUACAGUACGGACUACCGCCUGGUCCAGAAAGUUUGCCCGGACUACAACUAUCAUAACGAGAUGCCCUACCUGCCCUCGGGCUAGAAGACUUGGAGGGGGGAGGAGAGGUGGGAGGGGAGAGGAAAAGGGGGGUGAGUAGGAGUGACUGUAACACAUGAGGAGGAAACCAGGGCUGUGAAUCGUGUUUAAUGCCAUUGUGGCAGCAAGACACCUUAAAAAAAAACUCUCUGUAGCCUAACUAUUGUAAAAACAUAUAUGCAAGACAAAAACUACAGUAUGCAUAAUGAUGAUAAUGAGGCAAUUGGAAUGUGUAACUGCAGCAUUCAUUAACUGGACUGGCCGUAAAAAUCAAACAUGCACAUUCUUACCUCAAUCCAGUUUCUAAAUGCCAACUCCUCGCCAGCUAAUUCUUUUUUCCAUUAAACCAUUUUUGAAUGUCCUUUCUUUUAAUCACCCUUUAUUUAUUUAUUUUAUAUGAUAUUUCACUCUUUUGCAGUCACAAGGCGGCAUUUCCAGUGAAAGCUGCGAUACGAUUCACUGGAGAGUUGUAUACAAAUUCAGACUUUAUUACAAACAUCAU